AUGGAAAAUAAAAUGACUAUACAACAAGUGCGACUAAAUUUUAAAAACAGGCUUUGGGCAAAAAGGAAAUUGCACAAGCUAGCCUUCACGAAAAAAACAGAUGGAUCCGUAGAAGUGAAGUACUCCAAAGAUGGACGUCCAUUGACCCCUGGAAGGGACAUCCAAGAAAUCAUUAACAUUUACGAAACGACACAGAUGGACUCCGAAGGAAGUUACCAGUCUGCCCGUAAACAUUAUGGAGACAAUGCUGUUGGUUAUGUUCAGCUCAAGCGUACCAAUAAUAUAUGCUAUUUAAAAGCGAGGGUCACUCCAGAACACAAAAUAAAGGCUAAAAAUUAUCAAGUAUCUUGUGUAAUCAACGAAUUGGAAAAAAAAGUUGUUGAGGUAAAUUGUCAUGAUUGUCCAGCUUCGGAGGGAGGUUGCAAACAUGCAGUGGCUUUUUUAAUGUGGGUACACCGUAGAAGCGAAGAGCCAUCUCCAACCGACAAAGUAUGUUAUUGGAAGAGAUCAGUUUUAGCAGGAGCUUCAAGUACAAAAAAAUUUAUAACCACCGAAGAUUUUGGCGCCAAACCAUCUACAUUUUCAAAUGAUUCUUUUUUAAAUCAGUAUAUUGUUGAAGCAAAAAAAAGAAAAAUUGAAAAUAGCACUAUGAGGUACCAUAUUUCUCAGAAUUACGAUUGUGUUUCCCUUCAUCGAAUGAAAAUUGAUUUCAUGUCCACUAAUAAUAUAAAUGACGCAUAUAUAUUUUUGGAUUAUUGCAAACAACAAAUGGACGAAGAUUUGCUUAAACAAAUCGAAAUUAAAACUAGGAACCAGUCUAGGUGUAGCCUAUGGUCUGAAAUGAGAUACGCACGUAUAACAGCCUCGAAAGCAUAUGAUGCUGCGCACUGUGCUACCUUAGAUGGAACACUAGUAGAAAAUAUUUUGGGUGCCAAAGUUUUCCAAACGGAAGCCAUGAAAAGAGGUCUUGAUUUAGAGGAAGCUGUCCUGAAGGUACUUUCCAAGGAAACUUCCCAAAUAUUUCACAAAUGUGGACUCUUUCUUUCACAAGAGUGCCCAGUGAUAGGUGCGAGUCCAGAUGCCAUAAAUGAAGAGUACGUUGUAGAAAUAAAAUGCCCUUUUUUAGAUAAGACGUUUCAUAACUUUAUUGAUGUUGAUGGAACCACUGGUAAAAUAUGUAAACACCAAUCAGCUGUCAUCAAAAACUACAAUAUAACGAGUGCUUGUAAUGUUUUAACCGAAAAAAGUAAAAUAGUUAUUUAUAAAAUUGCAACUGGAAUAGAACCCACACAAAAUAUGUUAUUGCCUUUAAAGUUAGAACAGUGCUAUAAGAAAACUAACAAGGAGGAAUUAGAAAUUAGAGAAGCUGAAAAAAAUAUAAAUAAUAACAAUGACACUACUUUGUUAAAACAGAAUUUAUCAAUUCGGUUUGUUGAAGACAACGAUGAUGAAAUUUCAAUUAAUCCCGAAGAAAAUUUGGACAGCGUUAAAGAUAAAUGGAGCAGUUUUAUUAAUAAAUUAGAUGGCGAUGUAAGGAAGAAUUUAAAUGAUGAUCCCCAUGGUUUUUCGUCAGCUGUAGAACGUUUUAUGAACAAUUAUAAAAAACAUAUCCUUCUACGCUUAUGA